UCUUGUCUACCGACACCGUUCCUAUUCCAAAUCGACCUAGACAUCGGCUUGCGGAGGGGAAAUCGGGCGGCGCAUGGCGUCGGUUUCAUGGGCUGCCUCCGCUCGCCUCUCUCACUGCCGCCACUCCCUUCUCCUACUCCCCUCCUCUCCUUCGUUGCCUCUCUCCAACCUCCCGAAGAAGAAGAGCCAUGGUGGGAAGAGGAAAUCCGGUCUCGUUUGCAGGGCGCAACUCCUCGGCGACCUCGCCCCCGUCACCUCCGCCGCCUACGGAACGCUCCUCCUCGGCGGCGGCAUCUUCGCUUAUGCGAGAUCCGGCAGCAAGGGGUCGAUUCUUGGAGGGAUAUCCGGAGCUUCACUCAUGACCAUUGCGUAUUAUCUUAUGCAAUCACCCGAGACUGAGGAAAUUGGCACGGCCAUCGGAUUCGCCUCUGCUUUUCUGUUUUCUUCUGUAUUUGGCAUACGAUUGGCCGCCACUCGCAAAUUCAUUCCCUCGGGUCUCCUGUUGAGUCUCUCUGUUGGUGCAUUGGCAGUGUUCCUCUCAGCUUACAUGCAAACUAAAAAAAUUGUGGUGAAAGUGGGCUUGCAAGAUGACAAAGAGAAGCGAAAGGCCAUGAAGGCAGUCGCCACUCUUCAAGGGAUCGAUUCGGUGGCCAUAGAGAUGAAGGAUAAGAAGAUGACCGUGAUCGGUGAAGUCGAUCCUAUUGACAUCGUUGGCAAGCUAAGAAAAGGGUGGCCAACCGAGAUAGUCUCUGUGGGGCCAAAGGAAGAACCCAAGAAGGACGAGGGUAAGAAAAAGGAAGAAGAAGAAAAAAAGAAAAAGGAAGAAGAGGAAAAAAAAGAAAAGAUAAUUAAGGAAUUCAUGGAAGCGAGCUAUGACCAUAUCUACAUACCCAACCGAUAUUAUGCCCCAACCGGCGAGGAGAAUCCAAAUGCUUGUGCUAUUCUAUAAGUCGUGUAAAUAUCAAGAAGGUUUCUUACUUUGUAUUCUAGAUUAUGGGAGAAGUGGUAGCUCAUCAAUAGGUUAAUGUGUUUGAGAACGAUCCAAAUA